ACAUCUAGCUAGAUCCUCAGCAUCAAUAAUGAGUCUUCUAUAUAAGAAACUCACAUUCAUUCAAAGAUUAGAAAAACAACACUUUCGAUUUGAAGACAAUAAUUACAUAAUUUGUUAUUACUUGUUUGUUUGAGUGUGAUCCUUCUACAUGGCAUACCCAAACCCUCAUUAUCCACCGCAGCCCACCACCUCCGUUCCGAUGCCGGCGGUUCCAACCACCGUGAUCGGGCCCCAGUUCUGCGCUCCGUACCCCGUGGAUCUGGCGGUGGUGAAGAAGGUGAUGUCCAUCGCCGACGGCAACUUCGUGGUCACCGACGUCAACGGCAACGUGGUCUUCAAAGUCAAGGGCUCUCUCAUGACCCUCCGUGACCGCCGCGUCCUCCUCGACGCCGCCGGCCACCCCCUCGUCACCCUCCGCCGCAAGAUGAUGACAGCACAUGAUCGGUGGCAAGCUUUCAGAGGGGAAAGCACAGAUGACAAAGAUCUAAUAUUUUCUCUGAAGCGAUCGUCCCUUAUUCAGUUUAAGACGAAAUUGGAUGUGUUUAUGGCUAAUAACACAAGAGAAGAUAUUUGUGACUUUAAGGUCAAAGGUAGCUGGUUUGAACGAUCUUGCGUUGUUUAUGCUGGUGAAUCUAACAACAUCGUUGCUCAGAUGCAUAAAAAGCACACAGUUCAGAGUAUUUUGAUUGGAAAAGAUCAUUUCAUGGUGACGAUUUAUCCGAACAUUGAUUAUGCGUUCAUAGUGGCGUUAAUAGUGAUUCUUGACGAGAUUAACGAUGAUGCAAGAGAAGAAUAGAGAAGUUGGGAAACCGCUUUGUACUUUUUCAUUUAGAUUUCUUAUACGGUGCAGGAUCAUUAAAACAAUGCUUAAAUAAGAAGUAAUCCUAUUGAUGUUCGUAAUGUAUAAGGUCAAAUAUUUAUCCCA